AUGGACUUGCCCAUUACCUUAUAUUGUGACAACGGUAGGGAAGUGGCCAACUCUAAAGAAUCUUGUAGCCACAAACGAGAAAAACAUAGUAAAAGGAAGCAUCAUCUGAUACGGGAGAUUGUGCAACAAGGAGAUGUGAUCGUCAUAAAGAUUGUUUUAGAGUACAACAUUGCAGAUCCAUUUACAAAGGCUCUCUCAGCUAACGUGGUAGAGAGUCAUAUAGAGAAUCUAGAUUUGCGAGACAUCCGCCGCCGUCCAAAGGCGUCUUUCAAUCCUGCGUCCACCUGCCCACGUCCAAUCAAAUUCCGCCGCGAUUCCGAUGUCAGCUUUGCCAGUAGCCGCCCUUCUUCCAUCGGAAUGUCUCGUCCCGCCGCCGCCUCCAUCGACAUGUACAAAGAACGAGCCGUUCAAAUUUCUGCUGUCAACACCAUCAAUUCGUCUCUCAAGGAGCUCUUCUCUCACUCCUUUAACGUAACAUUCAAACCCUUCUCUCCCCCUUCCCUCAAAGAUCUCACUGAAACCAUCAAUUUACUUCUUCAAUGUCUCGAUUAUACUCCGACUAAGCUUGAGGAUGAUCUCUCUAUUGUUCUCAAAUCCCUUGGGUAUCCCUUCAAAAUUAAUAAGAACAUCCUCAAGAACCCCCCUGCUCCUCAUCAGUGGUACCAAAUUCUUGCCCUACUUCACUGGCUUGUGCAGGUUGCUGUUUAUAAUUAUAGCCUAGCAAACGAUUCCAAUUCGGUUGUUAUGAGUAACGAUGUGAAUAUAUAUGUGUUAAAUAGCUAUUUGCAAUAUAUACGUGGGGAUGAUGAUUCGGUGGAGGCUUUAGAUCAGGAGUUUAUGGAGCGGUUGAAGAAAGGGAGGGAUGAUGCAUUUGAAAGCUUGAAGGAACUGGAGAAGGAAGUUAAGGAGCUCGAAGCAAAAGCCGAGGCCUUGCGGUCAGAUCCCACGCAGAGGGAGGUUCUUGAGAAGCAGCAGUGUCUCCUUGAAGAAGAUGUGAAGAAGUUUCAUACAAUGAUCACUGGGUACAGUGAGAAGAUGCAGGAAAUGAAGAAAAUCUUGGAGGAAAAGGAAAGGGAAUUGGAAGUUAAAGUGCACGAGAGAAAUAAGAUUUGUGAAGAGAAUGAAGAGCUGAAGAAGAGGGUGGAGUCUCAGUUGUUUAAUCCUAGAGAUGUGGAGAGGAUGAGAAGAGAAUUGCAGGCUGUAGAGAGGGACAUCGGUGAUGCCGAAGUCUCAAGGAACGUGUGGGAGGAGAAGUCAUGGGAUCUUGAUGCAACUGUGGGAAAUAAAUUUAAGGAGCUUGAGGCCAUUGCGAUGGAAUGUAACCAGGCUAUGAGAAGAUUAAAGCUUGAUAAUUGUCAUCAGUAUUUCCUGAAUGCAAAGGGGUCGACACCAGCUGAUGUGAUGGGGAUUGACUAUAAGACAACCGUUAAGCCUGCACUUGAUUCCUUUGCAGAGGACAUAAGGAGAAGUUCUAUGACGAAGUUGGAAGAGUUGAUUUCUCUCAGGCAGCAAUCAAGUGAAAAUACUGCUAAAAUUGAAUCUAAACGACAUCAUAUAGCUUCUCUUCAAUCCCAUAUUAAUGAAGGUGAAACACAACUAAUCUCCUUAAAAAAUGAAAUACGAGAUUAUACAUUAAGAUGCUCCACAGAAUCUAAGAAGAUGGUGGAGGAUGUUCAACAAGAAGCUCAUAACUUAGAUCUUGUGGAAAGAGAAGCAGGGGAGAGUUUGAAGAAUGCCAAAUUGGCGCAUCAGGAAGCAAUAAAGCAAGGAGAAGAAGAAAUUCAGUUGUGUGCUCGUGAACUAGUUUCAUGUGUUGACUCUGUUUCAGAACAUAAAGCAUUUGUUAGAUCCAAAAUUUUAGAUAUGAAAGGCUGCCUCUCCAACGCUGCUGCCGGUAUCUCUGAGGCUUUCAAGAAUUCUAUGCCUGUAGAAUAGUGUACUGCUCUUCCACUUAGGGUUUACUUUCUCUAAAGCACUUUAUGAAUUUCGAAGAAUUCUAACGGAAGUUUGAAUUCUUAUUGGAAACAAGAUUGGUUUGGGCUUCAACAUCGAAGAUCUUUUGUAAUUACUCUUUAGGCAAUAACUUACUUAGUUGGUCUCCUUUCUUUAAUGUGAUUCGUAUGGGCUUGGUUUUUUUUUGUAUCUUCCUGUAUUUCUUCCUUAUUUCUCAAUGAAAGCACUCUUGUUCUUAACCAAAAAAAAAGUUCCAUAAUUGCAAUGACUUUAUAUAGCAAUU